AUGGCCAUCCACAAUCACUGCUGCAUUCAUUCCAAGGCGGGGAGCAUGUCCACCAAGCUGGUGAGGCAGCAGCUGAACUCAGUCUUGCGCCGCAGCAUCGACAAGCAGCAGGAGCAACAGCAGCGGGGCGAGGGAAAGCGGAAGAAGCAGGGCAGGCGCAAGCGCAAGCAGCAGCAGCCCGAAGAGUCGGUGGCAGAGAAACAGCAGCAACUGCUGGCUCAGAACCUGAAGUACUUUGCUAAGACCACCUCGGCCAGCGGAAAGGCGCAGGACCUGGUCGCGCAGCUGCUGACAAAGCGUGGCUUCCAGCCGCGGCCCCGCAAGCAGCAGCAGGAAGAGCAGCAGCAGCAGCAGCAGCAGCAGGCUCAGGAGGCGGAGGAUGACUAUGAUGACCUGGCAGACCUCGUGCAAGCUGCCGCCGGCUCGGGCAACCCUGAGGCCCCGCAGCAGCAGGAGAACUUUGCGGAUGUGAUGAAUAGCAUCCUGCAGUCGGUGCUGGCGAUGCAGCAGCAGGAGGCGGCGGCGCGGCCCAGCGGGGCACACCUGCACGUCGACGCGCUCGGCUUCCAGCCGCCGGGCGCGCCCGAGCCCCUGCUGACGAGCGUGAGCCUGACGCUGCCGCCCAACCAGCUGGGCCUUGUGUUUGGGCGCUCGGGCGCCGGCAAGACCACGCUGUUGCACCUGGUGGCCGGGCUGGCGCAGCAGAACUCUGGCACCGUCAGCUUCUCGGGGCUGCCGCCGGCCGGCAUGCUGGCGGCGGCGGUGGCCGGCGGCGGCCGCGGAGGCAGCGCCGCGGCUGGCCUGGGGUCUGAGGAGCGCAUGGCGUCUGCGGGGCUUGUGUUCCAGUUCCCUGAGCGCCACUUCAUCGGCAACACGCUGUCCUCGGAGCUGGUGGUGGGCUGGCCGGUGGCGCCAGAGGCGUUUGCGGAGCGCCAGGCGCUGUCGCUGCGCACGCACGAGGUGCUGGCGGCGGUGGGGCUGCGGGGCCUGCCGCUGGACGCGCCGCUGGCCAACCUCAGCGACGGCUACAAGCGGCGCGUGGCGCUGGCGGUGCAGCUGGUGCGCCGCCCGCGCCUGCUGCUGCUGGACGAGCCGCUGGCGGGGCUGGACUGGCGCACGCGGGGCGAGCUCCUCCUGCUGCUGGCUGCCCUGAAGCGGGAGUGCACGAUGCUGGUGGUGUCCCACGACCUGCGGGAGCUGGCCCCGCUGGUGGAUGCCGCCUGGGAGAUGCGGCCCGGCGGGCGGCUGCAGGCUGCCGACGUCGCCGCGCUGCCCAUGCUGUUCUCCCGCCGCCGCACUCACUCUGUAGAUUACAGCCAGCAGCCGGGGCUGGUGCCCGGGGAGUGCGACGACGAGAUGGCCUCCACCCCCGUCAUCUCUGCAGCCAGCAGCCUGAUUGGGCACCACCUGGCUGACCGCGCGCCCAGCGGGCCCGGCGCCGGCCCCGGCCCCGGCAGCAGCGCCGCGGGCAGCCCGCUGUCGGGCGGCGGCGGCGCCAUGAUGCGCAGCCAGUCGGCGGCCAAGGACCUGUUUGUGGCGCAGGCGGACGCGGUGAUGGCGCACGCGCAGGUGCAGAGCCUGCAGUCGGCGCUCCGCAAGGAGCAGGAGGAGGUGGUUCGCCUGCGUGAGGCGCUGCAGCGCAUGACUGCGGAGCGGGACCGGCUGCUGGGCGAGCUGGCGCAGGGCGGCGACUCGGCGCCUCUGUUCCUUAUGGACAGCCCCCACCUGCCCCCGGGUGGCGGCCCCGCCCCGGGCCGCGGCCCAGCCGCAGCGCAGCAGCCGCAGCAGCCCGGCGCGGGCCUGCGCGGCUUGCGCCUGCGCUGAGCGCGCCGCCCCCGCACGACCCCUGUCACCCUGCACUAACCAUCAGCCUCAGCACCACCACGCCCUCCGCGGCACGCCCUACACGCCGCCUCCGACGCGGCGGCGAUGAUGCCCUCCCACUUCUAGCACUCGCCCAUUUAGUUUUGCCUGUGUGGCGGCGCGUGCGUCCUGCGGGCGCCUGCGCCAGCCACCCACCCGGCGCCACCUACCCCUCUUCUCUGUGCCUUGUUGCCUGCCACCCCUUCAACUCCCCAGGCGCGCCGCCACCCACGCGCGCCGCCAACGAUACGAUGCUCCCCUCGCUGGCGUCCUGCAAAUGCCUGCCUCACAAGUCUUUUUUUUACUUCCCCGCUUUCCUGCCCCAUACCGCCCUCGUUCUCCGUGCAUUCACGCGUUGUACGUUAGCCUGCUCACCCAUUCCGCUGUGUUGUGCAUCCCCAUGGCCUCGGCGCCCCCCUGGCAGCCCGCCGCAGCUGCCGCCCCCCAGGGCCCAGCUUGCGCCUGGCUGCGCCUGCGCGCCGCGUCCUUUUUCUCUCCCCCUCUCUAGACAUUGCUAUAGACCACUGCCCUUAAUUUAUCUCUGACCUGGCUGUGCUUCCGCUGCGCAGGCUGCUCCUGCCUGCCCCACGCCUUUGCUCCCCUCUCGUCGGCCUGUGCCCAUUGCUCUGCGUUGUGUAGUUGUCAGUUGUGUUGGCUCCUGUCCUGCCGCCAGAUUUGUUGCUGGCAAGUUGGGCCAAAUGCAGCUGCUUGAAAAGGAACGCCACCAUGCCCCUCCCAUGCCCCUCAAUCUUUUCAUUCGUUUGGGUCACGGUUCGACCUGCUGCGUCCCACCCAUCCAUAAUUUUUCAGACCGCCCAGCGCAUGCACGCCUCACCUACAUGCGUGCUCGAUUGAUCCUGCUUCCAGUGUUUUGCAAGUGCGUACCCACCAGUUUACUCCGCUCCCUCCUUUGAUUGCCUACCGUCGCGUCUUGUUGUGUGUUACUUUUUUCGCAGAACAACCAGAACAACGACCCCCUCCAUUUUUUUUCCCGCUUUGAGCGCGUCAUUCAGUAACAACCUUCAAUG